GAGCGGGCCAAGAUGGCGUCGGCGGGGUCCGGGUCGGGCCCCUUGGGCGGCGGGGCCCCGGCCGGCGGGGGUCCCGCGUCGGACGGCGGGGACUUCCUGUCCCGCUACCGCCUGGUGUCCAGCAAGCUGAAGAAGCGGUUCCUGCGGAAGCCCAACGUGUCGGAGGCCGGCGAGCAGUUCGGGCAGCUGGGCAAGGAGCUGCGGGCGCAGGACUGCCUGCCCUACGCGGCCUGGUGCCAGCUGGCGGUGGCGCGCUGCCAGCAGAGCCUGUUCCACGGCCCGGGCGAGGCGCUGGCGCUGAGCGAGGCGGGCCGCCUGUUCCUGCGGCAGGAGCGGGAGGCGCGGCUGCGGCUGGCCUGCCCCGCCGCCUGGGGCGAGGCGCUGCAGGCCGCCUGCGGCUGCUACGCGCUGGCCGCCCGCCUGCUGGGGCCCGAGCUGGGCCAGCCGGCCGCCGCCGCCGGGCUGUGCCUGGAGCUGGCCGCCGCCCUCAGGGAGCUGGGCCAGCCCGGGGCCGCCGCCGCCCACUUCCAGCGCGCCGCCGAGCUGCAGCUGCCCCUGCUGCCCCUCGACGCCCUGGGCUCGCUGGGCCAGGCCGCCUCCUGCCAGCUGCUGGCCCGCGACUACGACGGCGCCCUGGGCCUCUUCACCCGCAUGCAGCGGCUGGCCGCCCGCCGGACCCCCGGCCCGGCCCCGGGGGCCUUCCUGGACGUGGCCGCCCGCUGCGAGGUGUCCCGCGUCCUGCUGCUGCUGCUGCUGCAGCCGCCGCCCCCCAAGCUGCUGCCCGAGCACGCCCGCACCCUGGAGCGCUACUGCUGGGAGGCCUGCGACGACGACGACGGGCCCGCCCGGGACGGAGGGGCGGCGGGCGCGGGGGGCGCCCCCGGACCCCUGCCCGAGGGGCUCUUCCUCCUGCUGCAGUCGCUGGUGCUGGCCGCCCACGAGAAGGACGUCGAGGCCGUCAAGGCGCUGCAGGCGGAGCUCUGGCCGCUGCUCAGCGCCGAGCAGAACCACCUGCUGCACCUGGUGCUGCAGGAGAUGAUCGCUCCCUCCGGACGGGGCCUCUGAGGCCCCCGGACCCCCGCCCGGGGGGCCCUUCCUCCGGCCGCGGUCCCCGGUCGCGGCCGCCCGCCAGGAGGACGUCGAGGCGCUGCAGGCGGAGCUCCGGACGCUGCUCAGCGCCGAGCAGAACCACCUUUGCCGCACCUGGUGCUGCAGGAGAUGAUCGCUCCCUCCGGACGGGGCCUCUGAGGCCCCCGGACCCCCGCCCGGGGGGCUCUUCCUCCGGCCGCGGUCCCCGGUCGCGGCCGCCCGCCAGGAGGACGUCGAGGCGCUGCAGGCGGAGCUCCGGACGCUGCUCAGACCCCAGCAGAACCACCUUUGCCGCACCUGGUGCUGCAGGAGAUGAUCGCUCCCUCCGGACGGGGCCUCUGAGGCCCCCGGACCCCCGCCCGGGGGGCCCUUCCUCCGGCCGCGGUCCCCGGUCGCGGCCGCCCGCCAGGAGGACGUCGAGGCGCUGCAGGCGGAGCUCCGGACGCUGCUCAGACCCGAGCAGAACCACCUGCCGCACCUCGUUCUGCAGGAGAUGAUCGCCCCUUCCGGACGGGGCGUUUGAGCGCCCCCCCGUACACCUACUUGACCCCCUCGGGGUCUCCGUUCACCACACCCCACCCUCUAAACCCACGGGUGAGACCCAUCUUGGUCAAGAACCUUUCCCCCCUUCAUCACCUCUAGGGCGAGGAGUCUCCUUCCCUGGAGGCUCUCCUCCGCCCUGCCACCUCAGAACCCGAGAGGGGUGGAAAGGGGCUUGACGGUGGUGCCCCGAGGACAAAGGGGACCGAGCACGGCCUCUUUCCCGUGGACUUUGAGGACCUCCCCUGAAUCGACUCAUCACAUCCUCGCUUUCCCACCCACUCAGGUUCCUUAUGAAAAUACAGAUGUUAAGGCAGCUGAGAAAUCUCAAAAUCAGGUCGGUUGCCGUUGGGCCCAGCCGUCGGUCUGGCCCAGGCAACGCCACGAUAGGGCAGAGGAGCUCUGUGCCCUUCCCCAAAGUGACGGGCACAUUUGGCCAUUCUAUUUGCGGUUCAGUUCUGCAGGUUUUGAAUUUGGUUUGACUCCCCCCCCCCCAAGUGUACGUCCGGCUGAGAACCGUACUGUUCUGGCGUCGGUUCUUGGAGUCUCCAUAACUGUGGAGCAGAGAAGCUUAGGGCCCUUACCAAAAGAACCUUCCUCCUCUGGACACCGACACGAUUGCGUCGGGACCUCCUCUCCCUUGGAGUCGCGCCUCGGACCGCCGGGCCCCUCAUUCCCGGCCGAAUCUUCCUCCUCUGGACGCCACCCUGUGGGCCUGGGACCUCUUCUCCCUCGGAGCUGCGCCUCGGACCGCCGGUCCCCUUAUUCCCGACCGAAUCUCUCUCCUCAGGACGCCGACACGAUCGCGCCGGGACCUCCUCUCCCGUGGAUGGAGCCGCGCCUCGGACCGCCAGGCCCCUUACACCUGGCUGAAUCUUCCUCCUCUGGACGCCGCCACGUGGGCCCGGGACCCCUUGGAGCCGCGCCCCGGACCUGCGGUCCCCUUAUUCCUGCCUGAAUCUCUCUCCUCAGGACGCCGGCGCGGAUGCGCCGGGAUCUCUCUUCCCGAGAAACCCGCGCUCUCAGACUUCAGUGACCUGCCUCCGGGCUCGCGAUCGUCUCCCCACCCCGGACCUCUGCACCCCCACCCGAGGACUCCCGACACCGAGGACCCCCGCCACCGCAUGCCCCGCAGCCUCCAGAACCACGUGUAGCUCCCAGACCUUCCCCCCUCUCUCCCUGACCCUCCUACCUCCAACCCCCCUGGUCUAGCACCCCCUCGAAGCCCGUCCAGGUAGCCAACCCGGACCGUGGGAGACUCUAUUCCCCAUCCUCACCCCCCGGCCAGAGUCGUGGGACGUCGUGCUCUCUCCUCCCCCCGGAGUCAUGGUACAUUGUGCUCCCCUGCUUCCCCCUUCCCCCCCGGGCCGUGGGACAUUGUGGUUCCCAGCUCUCCACCUCCCCGCCCGGAAAGCCAUCCUUUGGGGAGCCCUCACUCCCUCCUCUCCCGUGCUCUGACUAGAGGUGAAUGAUUACCCCCGCCCACCCCCGGACAACAUCGCCCUUCUUCUCCCUGUUAACUUGUAGCACCCGCACCUCCUCACCCCGCCCACGUUGCCCGGUUAUCUACUUACUCCUCUCCCCCUGAGUUUCCUCUCCUCUGACCCCCCAUAACAGCUCCACCCUUCUCCAGAUCGGCCAUCCACAGGGCUCCCUCCGCCGCCUCCGAGACCACGAGCUGCAGGAUUCGCCUUGCCGCCGGCCUUUUGAUUUCGAUCGGGUAGACCCACGGACAAGUCACCAUUGGACCCUGGGCAUCACCCACUUAUUAAUAACAUUAUAUCUUAUUACCUUA